AUAUCCCCAAUCCUGGUAGCCAGUGAGAAACUGGGUAUUAAAGUUAUCGGAACCCGUCACGAGGUCAACACUGUCUUUGCAGCUGAUGCCGUCGCUCGUCUCUCUGGUGUGAUAGGUGUGGCAUGUGUUACAGCAGGACCGGGUCUAACAAACACUGUCACUGCUGUUAAGAACGCUCAAAUGGCCGAAUCACCAUUACUCCUCAUAGGCGGAGCAGCUGCGGGUAUAUUGAAGGGACGCGGGGCUCUGCAGGAUAUUGAUCAGAUGGUCCUGUUCAAACCGUUGUGCAAGUUCUGUGCAACGGUGACUCAAGUUAGGGACAUUGUACCGACUCUUAGGAAAGCAAUAGCUGCAGCACAGUCGGGCACACCAGGACCUGUGUUUGUGGAGUUCCCUAUUGAUACUCUCUACUCUUACUCAAUGGUGCAUAAAGAGAUACUCCCUCAGAAGAAACCCAGGACCUUGCCUCAGAUCCUUACCUAUUGGUAUAUGAAGGCGUAUGUCGCUCGUGUGUUUGGUAAUGCAUGGGCUCCUAAGGAGAUGUCACCACUGCCUAUAGUGAGGCCGUUCUGUGCUGAUAGUGAUGCUAUGAAAGCUGCCGAAUUGAUAAAGAAAUCCAAAAAACCUUUAUUCCUUAUUGGGAGCCAAACCGUCCUGCCCCCUGUUAAAGCUGAAGACACUCGUGAGCAUUUGGAGGCCAUUGGUAUACCGUGUUACCUUGGGGGAAUGUCUCGUGGGCUACUGGGACGUAAUGGACACCUCCAUAUAAGGCAAAGGAGACGUGAUGCACUAAAGGACUCUGACCUAGUCGUACUGGUUGGAUCAGUCUGUGAUUUCAGGUUGAAUUAUGGACGUGUUUUCAAUAGCAAGUCUGUCAUUAUUGCCGUCAAUCGUAACAAGACUCAAUUGUAUCUCAAUGCUGGUAUGACCUGGAACCCAAACCUAGCUCUACAAGGUGACCCAGGUCACUUCAUAAAACAGUUAGCAUCGUAUCUCAAGAACUAUCGGUGCGACCGAGGCUGGGUUGACCUCCUCAAGUCAAGGGAUCAAGAAAAAGAAGCGGACACUAAAUCAAAGGCCGAGGAAAUACCAGACGAGCAUCUCAAUCCUCUUAAAGUUCUACACAUUGCGGAAGAGGUUAUGAGCCCUGAUACUAUACUGAUAGCUGAUGGAGGAGACUUUGUUGGUUCUGCCGCUUACAUACUUCGUCCCCGUGGUCCCCUUACUUGGCUGGACCCUGGCCCAUUUGGUACUCUUGGAGUUGGAGGAGGGUUUGCAUUAGGAGCUAAGCUAUGCUGCCCAGAUGCUGACAUAUGGAUCAUAUAUGGUGAUGGAUCCUGUGGGUACAGUAUACCAGAAUUUGACACAUUCUCCCGUUUCAAACUCCCAGUUAUUGCUCUGGUGGGUAACGAUGCCUGCUGGACUCAAAUAGCUCGAGAGCAGGUCCCCAUACUGGGCAGUGAUACUGGCUGCAUGCUGGAGUAUUGCAACUAUCACACUGUGGCUGAGGGUUUUGGUGGUCUGGGGUAUGAACUGGAGCGUGGAAUGGAUGAUGAGGCCAUCAGGAAGACACUCAGUGAGGCUCAGGAUGUUUCUCGUAAGAGCAAUAAGCCGGUCCUCAUUAAUUGCUUCAUUGGAAAGACUGACUUUCGUAAAGGAUCCAUAUCUGUGUAAAGGAUGGGACAAUUGUGAUUA